CGCGGCCGGAGAGGGCAGUAGGUUCGCGAGGUAUGCCAUCGGCGAAUAGCAGUGUCCAUACACGAAUAAAGUUUGCGCUCGCGAAGAUUUAACGAAGCAAAUUCACUGCGAAUGGGCAAACCAACCCGCACAAAAGAUGUACAAUAUUUAAUUUCGAUUAUGAUUUGAUAGCGUUACAAAAAGAUCACUCUGUAUAGUAUGUAACGGGUACGUAAUAUGUAGACUUGGAGUGAUUUAAAAGUUGUGUAAGCAUAGACAGCACAAUGGCAGAGACACAAACAGUAACUGGAAGUAACCAGGAUUUCAUAGCCGAAUGCGAGGAGGAAUUUGCACAUCGUUAUUCAGAAAAGGACAAAGACUUCAUGGCAAUUUACUCGGCAGAACCAAGAAAACCACCAAUUGUGGACCCAUGGUACAACAAGCCUCGCAGACCCGCAAGCGAAUGGAAUCGUCAAAAUCAAAAUCGCCGUAAUCACAAUUGGGAUCGACGGCAUCACGACAGGAGCGAAAGAAUAGAGCGAUACGCUGGCAAGCAUCAUAUGUACCACCGCAAUACCAAACCGUAUUAACGAGUAAUAUCUUAAAAAUAGGACGACCGUGUUAUGUGAUUCAUUUACAUAAUUUUGUCACUAAUAAAUUCGUAAUGAUUUAUAUUUGUACAUAAGUA